GUCGGUGCCGCCUGUACCUUUGGUGGAGUCGUGUGGGCCACGAUGGGGUCCGAAAGUGGCGCCGAAUUCUUCGCGGGCUAUUUGAUCGAACAAUCCCUUUCGGUGGACAAUCUCUUUGUAUUCUUGCUUCUGUUUGAAUACUUUAAAGUGCCCUUGGCCUUUCAAGAUCGUGUUUUAAACUGGGGUAUUUACGGUGCCAUUGUCAUGCGUGGCAUCAUGAUUGGUUUGGGGGCGGCUGCGCUGGAACAGUACCACGGGAUAUUACUCGUAUUUGCCGCUAUUCUCGUGUACGGAUCCGGCAAGUUCUUUUGGGGCCUCGUUACAAACGACGAGGACGACGAAGUCGAGGAAGAUCCCGGUGAAAAUACCAUUGUCCGCUUCGCCCGCUCUGUGUUUCCGUCCACGGAGGAGUACGACGGCGAUCGCUUCUUCACCCAGGUGGAUGGCAUACGGAAAGCCACGCCCUUGUUUGUUUGCAUGGUGGCGGUGGAAAUCAGUGAUGUCGUGUUUGCCGUGGAUAGUAUCCCGGCCGUCUUUGGGGUCACGGAAGAUCCUAUUAUUGUGUUUACUUCCAACCUUUUUGCCAUUAUGGGAUUGCGUUCGCUGUACACGAUUCUUUCGAAAGCGGCAACGGACCUCAAGUACCUGGAACCAGCGGUGGCCCUCGUUCUGGGUUUCAUCGGCUGCAAAAUGAUUGCCGAAUACUUUGGCUAUGUCAUUCCCACCAACGUGGCGCUUUUGGUAGUGGGUUCUCUGCUCGGCACGGGCGUUGGCGCGUCCGUCUACGAUAAGCAACAAAGAUUGAACACCAACGAGGAAAAAACAUAA